AAAAGAAAACAGGUCAGCCAAAAAGGGCUGACCAAGGUGUUAAAAAUUAAAGAUUAAAAAUAAUACAAGGUUUCAAGCAAACAGUACAUAAAAGCAUCUAAAAAUAAAAACUGAGGAGACACAAAGUGAUCAAGUCAAAGAUGAAAUAUCGACAUCAGCGAUUAGCAUGCGAAUACGGCUUGCGGUGGAGAGGGGAGUAGAGCAAGUGUUGUCGAAGAUGCGACGAUUUCGCUCAGACCAGAUGGUCCAAGCGAAGCAGCUGAAGAUGGUGUUCCCAACCUUUCGAAUAUCCUUAGGUAAGCGAGAAGACCACAUUGCCCAAGAGUCUCCAAAUCCCAAAAAAGAUGGUUGAGGCAGACAAGGAAGAAGAUUGAGAGAUGAGGAGGUGCUCACCUUUUCUGGAGAGUGCAGUCUGGCCUGCCGGAAAUAAUUUGGCCUCACCAGAAUGGCAGUCAGUUCCGGAUAUUUGGAGGUCGUCGGCCGAAAAAUUCGGCGAUCGAGUUGCUUUGGUGGAUCCUUAUCACAAGCCUCCAUCACAAUUAACUUAUAACCAGCUUGAGCAAGAAAUUCUGAAUUUUUCAGAAGGUUUAAGGGUAAUGGGAGUUAAUCCUGACGAGAAGCUGGCGCUUUUUGCUGACAACUCUUGCAGGUGGCUGGUUGCUGAUCAAGGAAUUAUGGCGACCGGCGCUGUCAACGUGGUUCGAGGUACAAGAUCUUCAGAUGAAGAAUUAAUGCAAAUAUAUAGCCAUUCUGACAGUAUAGCGCUUGUUGCGGAUAAUCCACAAUUCCUUAACAGGCUUGGUGAAACUUUUCUCUCCCGCGUUUCUCUAAGAUUCAUUGUUCUACUUUGGGGUGACAAAUCGUGCAUAAAAAGUAAUGCUUUAAAGGACAUACCACUCUACGACUACAGAGAAAUCACAAAACUGGGACAGGAAAGUCACGACGCAUUGUUUAAAUCAUACAAAGAAGGUAAUUGGCAACUUCAUACAUUUGGAACAAUCAAUCCCGACGAUGUUGCGACAUUGAUGUACACAAGCGGAACAAGCGGCACGCCAAAAGGUGUAAUGUUGACGCAUCGAAAUCUCCGGCAUCAGAUAGAGACCCUGUUGGAAUGUGUUCUUGCAGAAAUUGGAGACAAGUUCCUAAGCAUGCUUCCAUCUUGGCAUGCGUACGAACGAGCUAACGAGUAUUAUAUAUUCACGCGUGGUGUCAAGCAAAUUUACACAAACGUAAAAUAUUUUAAGGAUGAUUUGCGGCGGUAUCAACCACAUUUCGUUUAUUCUAUUCCUACAAUCUAUGAAAUGCUAUAUAGUUCAAUCUGCAAGCAAAUCUAUGCAGGCUCUACCGGAAGGAAGUUUCUCGCAUUAACGUUAAUCAAGAUCAGUUUAGUGUACAUGGAGGCAAAAAGGGUUUAUGAGGGAAAAUUCUUGACGAAAAAUCCUAUCUCGCCUUCAUCUUUUGUUGCUAUGAUGGACUGGUUGUGGGCAAGAAUUUUAGCUACAUUUUUGUGGCCUUUGCAUAACCUGGGAGAGAAGUUGGUCUACAAGAAAAUUCACUCUUCAAUUGGGUUAACAAAGGGUGGUAUAAGUGGUGGUGGAAGUCUACCAAUGCACAUUGACAGGUUUUUUGAGGUUAUUGGUGUGAAUUUACAAAAUAGUUACGGUCUAACAGAAACUUCCCCUGUGAUAGCUAUACGUCGGCCAGCAUACAAUAUUCUUGGCACAGUUGGGCCCCCUAUGAAGCACACAGAAAUCAAGGUUGUGGACAUCGAAAACGGUGAUCUACUCUCGAACGGUUCGAAAGGCGUUAUCAAAAUUAAAGGGCCACUGGUGAUGAAAGGUUACUAUAAGAAUGCAUUAGCCACAAAAGUAGUUAUGGAUGAAGACGGCAGGUUCAACACUAGUGAUAUUGGUUGGAUUGUACCUAAACAUGCCAGAGGACGCAGUUGUGAAUGCGGGGGAAUGCUUGUUAUUGAAGGACGAGCAAAGGAUACGAUACUUCUUAGCACAGGUGAAAAUGUCGAACCCACAGUGCUCGAGGAGGCCGCCAUGAGAAGUAGAUUAAUCCAUCAAAUUGUGGUUGUUGGUCAGGACCAACGUCGUCUUGGAGCUCUUGUUGUUCCCAACAAAGAUGAAAUUUUAGCAGUUGCACGAAAAAUGUCCAACGGCGACGAAACAAUAGAGCUUAGCAAAGAAAAAAUGAUGAGUUUACUAUAUGAUGAAAUCAGAACUUGGACUUCUGAGUGCACUUUUCAUAUCGGACCUAUUUCAAUAGGAGAUGAACCUUUUACGAUUGAGAACGGUUUAAUGACACAGACCAUGAAAAUUCGAAGAGACAAAGUAGCAGCCCGUUACUGCAAGCAGAUAACAAAUCUUUACAAGUAA